GGGUUCGCCUCCAGCGGCAGCCAACGGGAGUCGGUCAUGUUGAUGUCAGUACGCAUGCGUCACGUUUAGUGCCAAAAAUGCUGCGAGGCUUGUAUGGGUGUUGGACAGUGCCUGGCACCAGGCUGCUAAGACCCGUUUUCAAUCGUUCACUUUCGUCUGCAAUUGAUAAUGCUAGCAGCAAAGAUGAGGAUGACAAAAUGACCUUCGAAGAUUUCAUCAAGCAAAGAAGGAGUCUGCGCAUGCGGAAACGAUUGGCGGGGUUACCGUUUGCAUUUGCUGCGUUGACUGGUUCUUCCAUGUUUCAUGCCUGGUUGAACCCUCACAUGUUUGAUGCAACAUCUCCAGAUCAGCUAACUGUCUACUUUGGCAUAGAUCCUCUGGUAUUAGCUGGAAUAUCUGGAGUCAUUUGUGGAGGUGUAGGUUAUAUGAUUGGCGGAGCUGUGAUGGAUGCAGCUUGGCACAUGUUCAACCCUCAACAAUCAAAAAUGAUGAAACUGAUGCAAAUGAAGCUAUUCCGACCAACAGACGAGAAGUGGUAUCAUUACCGACCAAUAGACAAACGUGAUGUCAUCAUAUGGCUCCACCUCUGUUUGGUUAGGGUUAGUGUCACGUUGAGCAUAGCUAGCAAAGCAUGGGAACGGGACGUAAACUCGCAAUUGCCCAACUUGCAUGCAUGACAAUGCAGCUAUCUGUUUGCUGGAAGUCGUGGAACAAUGGUCACCAAACACGGAUGUGGCCUAGAUUCGUGGUCAGCAACGAAUUCAGUUGUGAGGGAGUGCUAAUUAGUCACGAGUGUUCUUGUUCGGGUUGCUCUGCAUUGGACGUAGGACAUUACCUGCACGACUGUGAAGAGGACUCACUUUCUUAGCUGCCACUUUGAAGUUACAUGUAGUUGAACAUGACUAACUAAUUGUUCAACGGGGUGCUGUCGCCGUGCAUGUGAGCGUGUAUGCUUCCGUGCAUGCUGAUGCGUGGGAGUUGUUUAUUGUUGCAAUCAAUGUUAUUACGUACAUCCGUCAGCAGCUGCUACGUAUACGUAUUGAAUCCUGCUUUUUAUCCACUUCGUCGUCAUAACUAAAAUGAAUGAAACAAGUAUAAAAACAUUUUGAGAAAAUGAUGGGUAUGUAGGGAUGGAAAGUACUUAUUUCAUCUCUACAUACCCAUCAUUUUCUCAAAAUGUUUUUAUAUUUGUUCAUGAGCGUUUGUACCUCCUGAUCCUCAGCUGUCUUACAUACACUGUACACAUGUCUUAGCAUGUGGUGUACAUGUACACCAGUCAAGGGUUUAGCACUGUAGUGCUUCUCUAUUCAGUUCACGUGUAACAUGUUGUUUGUUUAGAGAGAAGCUGAUUUUCUUGCUAGAAUUAGCAGACAUCGAGCAUCAUCUAACAGUCGAUAUGAAGAUGACUUUUACGGUGAUAGUAUAAAGAGUCUCAGUGACUACAGACAGUGGAUAAGAAGACAGCAAAGAGUAACACAAGG